AUGAAUCCAAUCAACUAAGCUGACUAAUAAUAAGAAUUACAAACUCAUGGAAUAGAUGCAUUGCUGCAAUAUAAUAAAAGAUGGGCUCAAUAAAUAUAAGUUGAAGAUCCUAAAUUUUUCUAAAGACUAGCAAAAACUCAAACUCCUGAAUAUCUUUGGAUAGGAUGCUCAGAUAGCAGAGUUCCAGCAGAAGCAUUAACAGGAUUAGGAUCCGGACAAGUAUUUGUUCAUAGAAAAGUUGCAAACUAGAUUAUCUAUACUGAUUUGAAUGCUCUAUCUGUAAUUUAGUACUCUGUUGAUAUUUUGAAGGUGAAACAUAUAAUUGAAUGUGGACAUUAUUCAUGUGGAGGUGUUAAGGCUGCUAUCAAAAAUCCAAAAAUAGGCUUAAUAAACUAAUGGCUUUUGCAUAUAAGAGAUCUCAAUUUAAGAUAUAAAGAAGACUUAGAUAAAAUAUAGAAUUUCGAUGAAAAAGUGAAUAAGCUUGUGAGAUUAACAUUGCAUAAUCGAUUUAUAACAUUGGAAACUCUACAAUAUUACAAGAUACAUGGGAUAGAGGACAAGAUAUAUCAAUAAAUGCUUGGAUUUAUAGUUUAAAAAAUGGUUGUAUUACUGAAUUAGACUAUGCAGCAAGUUUAAGAGAAGUUUUUGAAGAAAUUAAUCAAAAUGCAAUUAAGACUAUUCUCUAAGGAAUAACCUGUCUUCCGAGCUAUUCAGAAAUUGUAAGACAAAAAAGAAGCUCUACUGUUCCCUUUAGAAAAUCUGAUUUUAGCAAUGAUGGAAAAUAAAUAAAAUAUUUUUUACAUAUAUAAUAAAUAAGUAAAUAAAUGA